UUAACAACCGGAAAACUCCAAAAAACAACAUUUGUAACAUGUGACAAAUAAUAUAAGUUAACAAUGAAUUAAUAAAGUGUUUAGCUUGUUUUUUCUAAGAAAUAUAGAUUACUAUAAUCUGUGUUUUUAUAAUAUUCACAAGUUUUUAAUGUACCAGGAAGAAAAAUCCGAACAAUCGUUCGGAAUCAUAUUUUAUAUAACCUAUAAAUUUUUCUAAUUUACUUUCAUUUAUACAUAUAUAUGUAUACAAAAUGCAUAGUUCAACGAGAAUGUGGAAAAUUUUGCGAUUGAACGAAAAAUAUUUUUUGAGCAAAAAGUAUAUGUGUAAGAGAACUUUUCUUUCAGAAAGUUAUCGAUGUGAAGAUGAAUGGAAUAAAAGGCUAGAAACUUCCUUGAUCAAAAAUGUGAAAUCUUACGAUUUCUAUUUGCAAUUGGAGAAUCAACACAAUACAUUGGGAAAAGUUGCAGCAGUGGACAUUGAUAUUUACGUGAAUUCCCUCAAAGAACCUGGACACAAAGAAGAUCUUUUAGAUAUGAUAAACAAAUUACGAUUGAGUCCCGAGUCAUCUUUCACAUUACCGUCGACACAUUAUGCAGUGAUUCGUUACCUCUUCGACAAUGAUAAUGCUGAUCAAAUUUUCGAAGUACUCAAUGACAGACUCAAUUAUGGAAUAUUUCCAGAUCAUUAUACUUUCAAUCUUCUAAUGGACACGUACAUAAAGAAAGAAGAUUUUACAGCUGCUGCAAAAAUUGCAUCACUCUUGAUGCUUCAGGAAGAUUUUCAGCAUCCAAUAGCAAAUGCAUUAGCUCUUUAUUCAUGUCACAAGUAUCUUGAGAAUCCUCAAAAUUGGAUCGUUCCAGAACAAACAAUUGACGAAUCUAAAGAAGAGGUCAAGGUACGAGUGAAAUAUCUUCGUAAUCCAUAUUUUGAUGAUCAUUUCGAUUUGAUUGAACCAACUGAUUUGAUGGGAAAAACUCUGGCAUUUUUUGGAAAGCAUCGAGGUGGCACUCUUGGCAGAACAUGUCAAUUACGAGGAUUCAUUUUGUUUAAAAAAUAUUCUAAGGUUAUUAAAUUAAUUGAUCAGUGGAAAGACGAGAAGGAAAUUGUGUAUCAACAAGUUUUUGAAUUGAUAAAAAAAGAUUCGCCAACAUUAUUUGAUGGAGAAUUGAGUGAGGAAAUGGUAACAUUGAAAAAUAAAUUAGAAGAGCUUGAAAAAAUGGACUUGAAAAGUGGAAGUAUUCUAGAAGAAAUGGAAAAUGAUGUGAAGAAGGCAGUGCAGGAAAGAGAGGAAAGUGAUAUUUCCGAACAGUUGAAGUCUUUUUCCGAGUGGACAACAAUGAGGGAAAAAAUCCUCGAGAAACAUUUGGCAGAAAUAGACAAGAUCAAAAGAAUCAAUAAUACCAAAAACAUAAAGAAAGAUUUAGAGGACGAAGAACGACUGUUGACAUUCUUUGAAAAUGAGGAGAAUAUUGAAUUGAAAAUAGAAGAAAUACAACAAAGAAUAAAAGCAAUGGAAAUUCCACCUAAAUUGUUGAAGAAAAAAUUGAAAGACGACGAGGAAUAUGUUCCACCAGACGUUCUAAAAAGAAGAAAUAAUAUAAGCUAAUAAAAAGAAAAAAGUCAAUUGUAGUAAGAUGAACGUAAAUAUAAUUUCUUGUUUAAUUUCUCAAA